GUGUCCUCUCCCCCUCCACUUGUUAGAGGGCUGGCCACAAGGAGGAGGGGGAUUAAUACUUUGUCUGCUCUUCAUCCAAACACUUGAUAGCAGAAUUCCAGACUGAAGGACGACUACGUAAAAAGAGACUUGCAUGUGAAACUCUUGGAGAUGGCGCAUACAUAUUACCUGCUCGUUUUCUGCUUGGUCUCUUGUAUAAAGGGAGGACUUGCUCAGAAUUCAACUCUGACACCAAACCUACCAAACUCUUCAGCAUGGCCGGCUGGCUGUGGUCAGGAUGUCAAAUCUAUUUACUUUGCUCUUUGUGACCUUACAGCUGCCUGGGGUAUUGUCCUUGAAGCAGUGACCUCCUUAGGCAUUCUAUGUACAAUAGUCUUAGGAUUAAUUUUUGUGGCACUUGCCCCUUCAGUCUCUCAGGAUGCACGCAAGGGUACCCUAGCCCUUAACUUUCUGUUUAUAUUCGGGGUCUUGGGCUUAUUUUCUUUAGUUUUUGCAUUUAUCAUUGCACCCAGUCCCACAAUCUGCAUAGUUCGAAGGUUUUUGUUUGGCGUUUUAUUUGCCCAGUGCUUUGCAUGUCUGGUAGCACAUUCGGUCAGGCUCAACUACCUGGCUCUUCAGAACAGAGGUCCAGGUGGUUGCAUGGUGUUUCUCCUUGCAAUUGGACUUUUCUUGGUAGAAGCUGUGAUUAACGUGGAAUGGCUCCUCAUUACCGAUGUGCGUCAAACGCUCCAACAUACCGAGCCAUGUAACAUAACCAACCAAGAUUUCGUGACAGCUUUAGUCUAUGUCAUGUUCCUCAUUGUAGCAUCGUUGGUAAUCCCUUGCCCGGUGCUUUGUGGACACUACUUACAAUGGAAACGUCAUGGAAGACACAUUGUAUUGACAGCAUUUUUCUCACUUCUCAUCUGGGUAGCAUGGAUUGUAAUGUACCUUUAUGGAAAUGAGAAGCUAGACCACUCAUCAUGGGAUGACCCAGUACUGGCCAUUGCUUUGGCAUCAAAUGCCUGGGUUUUUGUCAUGUUUUAUAUUAUUCCACAGUUAGUGGAAAUGACAAGAUCUGGAUACAAAUAUAAAGAUGAUACCCUUAACAUAAUGAAGAGACUUUCUGAUGCCACACAGUCCAUAGUCCUGGAAAACAGAGCAUUCUCUAUGGAUAAUCUAGAUGCAGCUGAGCAUGUCAACUCUUGGCAUGAACAAGACAAACCAGUUUCUCCGUACAGUAAUUUUACUGGACUGUAUCCCACUCUACCUCUGCAACCUGGGGACAUGGAAACUGUAAGCCAUAUACCAAUACAUCUACCACGGAUUUCAAAGGAACCUUGGCGUUACCAUCUGUGAUACAUUGACACUUGAGAUACAUUGACAGUAUAGAGCUACAGACGAGAAGGACACUCCAUCAUCUCAUGCUAUAGAAGAGUUCACUCUGAUAAACUGCAGAAAAAGACUUGUAGGUGUAACCAAGGACCAAUCCAGACAUAAUGAACUUUAAUACACAUUUCUCUAUCCUUUUUCUCCAGGGAUAUGAAUAUUUGAUAGGACUGCAUUACAUUUUAAUCAUUGUUACUGUGAUGUACUAUUUUUUACUUGCCGUCCCCCGGAGCCUUCAUUAACCAAACUGGUAACAAUUCAGAAGAACAAACGUUUGCUGACUGCACACAACGCAGCAAACAUCCAGUCAUUUCCGGUCACUGACCUGGGAGGUGUUGAAUUAAAUGCACUGGCACUAAAGUUACCACAUAUUGGUGGAGUGCAAAGUCAAUCAACUGUCUCAUAUGCUGACGAUCCAGUGAAUCAGCUGUCUUUCAAUUUAACGCUAAAAGUCUACAAAGUAGAUUUUUGAAUAUUGAUUGUUUUCUUGUCUUGUGAAUAAAGGUGGAUUUAGAUGAUCCAAUAAUCGUCCAGAUUAUCGGGAACGACCAUUCCUGCGAACGCUUGUUCCCGAUAAUCUGGCUAUCUAAAUGUGCUGCUGAUCACCCGAUGAACAUGCAAAACAGCGAUCUGCUGACCAGAAACAAUGAUUCUGUAUGAAUUCUGUAAAUAAAUUGGUCUCUUUCACUGUGCGAGCAGCCAACUGUUGGGAAGGAACGCUUCCUUCCCAACAUUCGGCCACUCCAUUGGCCCAUCUAAACCACCCUUAAGCAUGAUGAGCUUUAAUGUAAUCAUUUGUAAUUGUGUUAUUUUUCAUGUACAAUGACCACUCCACCCUGAUUUAUCUAAUGGGAAGGUCACUCAAUAUACAGUGCCCUUAAAGAUUUAUUGUCUUUUUGGACAUUUGUCACACUUAAAUGUUUCAGAUUAUGAAGCUAAUUUAAAUAUCAAGGAUAACCUAAGUAAAUAAAAAAAAUGCAGUUUUCAUAUGAUGAUUUCAUUUAUUAAGGGAAAAAAGCUAUCCAAACCAACCUGGCCCUAUGUGAAAAAGUACUUGCCCUCUAAACCUAAUAACUGGUUGUGCCACCCUUGGCGGCAUCAACUGCAAUCAAGCGUUUGUGAUAACUGGCGGUUAGUCUUUCACAUCUCUGUAGAGGAUUAUUUGCCCACUCUUUGCAGAAUUGUUUUAAUUCAGCCACAUUGGAGGGUUUUCGAGCAUAAACCGCCUGUUUAAGGUCCAGACAUUGACUAGGCCACUCCAAAACUUCCAAUUAGUUUUUUUUCAGACAUUCAGUGGUGGACUUGCAGGUGUGCCUCUGAUCAAUGUCCUGCUGCAGUACGCUUGAGCUUAAGGCCAGAAACUGAUGGCUAGACAUUCUCCUUCAGGAUCUUCUGGUAGAGGGCAGAAUUCUUGGUUCCAUCAAUUACAGCAAGUCGUCCAAGUUCUAAAGCAGCAAAGCAGCCCCAGACCACCACACUACCACCAUGUUUCACUGUCGGUAUGAUUUUCUUUCUCUGAAAUGCUGUUUUAUUUUUACUCCAGAUGUAACAGGAUGCAUACCUUCCAAAAUAUCCCACUUUUGUCUCAUCAGUUCAAAGAAUAUUUUCCCAAAAGGCUUGGGAAUUAUCAAGAUUUUUAGUAAAUUUAAGACGGGCCUUUGUGUUCAUUUUGUUCAGCAGUGGUUUUCGACUUUGAACUCUCCCGUGGAUGCCAUUUUGCCCUGUCUUUUUCUUAUUGUUGAAGCAUGAACACUGACCUUAACUGAGGCAAGUGAGGCCUGCAGCGCUUUAGAUGUUGUUCUGGGUUCUUUUGUGACCUCCUGGAUGAUCCUGGAUUGAUGCGCUCUUGGAGUUAUUUUGGUAGGCCAGCUACUUCUGGAAAGGUCCACCACUGGUCUAUGUUUUCUCCAUUUCUGGAUAAUAGCUCUCACUGUGGUUUGCUGGAGUUCCAAAGCCUUAGAAAUAGAUUUGUAAACUUUUCCAAAGUGAGAAAUGUCAAUUACUUUCUUUCUCAUGUGUUCUUGAAUAUAUUCAGAUUGGGGUAUAAUGUGUUGCUUUUUGAGAUAUUUUAGCCUACUUCAUAUGGUCAGACAGGUUCUAUUUAAGGGAAUUCUUGAUUCUACAGGUCCAGUAGUAAUCAGGCGGGGUCGUGGCUAGUGAAAUGGAACUCAGCUUUCCAAAAACUGUGGUUAUUCGCAAUUAAUUCAUGGGGGGGGGGGGAUUAUUUAUACAUAGGGCCAAGUUGUAAAAACUGCUUUUAGUAUUUACUCAGGUUACCUUUGUCUGAUAUUCAAGUUUGAUAAUCUGAAACAUUUAAUUGUGAUAAAUGUGCAAAAAAAAAAAAGAAAUCUGUAAGAGAGCAAAUACUUUUUUAAAGCACUGUGUCACUGCCAUUAUGCCUUCCUGUGGUAUGUUUACAUUGGGCAGAAUUCAUAAUGUCCCUGUAGUAGCUGUGAAUGCUGCACUGAGACUGCUUUAUCAGAUCUUACAAAUGGAAAGUAAAAUGCAAAAGGGGUUGCGGAAUUCAGGAAACCCCAGCUAAAAGACAGCCACAACAGUACGCAGUGCAUCCAAAUCAUAAAAAAAUACUUUAUUUGUUAUGCAGAUGAGGGUUUAAGUGCACCAAGAGGCAUGGUGAGUACUGGAAAGACGAGGAGCUGAGGUGCAGCGUGGGGCUAGACCCUGCCCUUGAAGCCCUCAUUUGCAAAAAGAAUAAAAGUCUGUUUCUCUGUUAUGUCGCCCGCAACAAUUUAUGGACAAAAGCAGCCUUGCCUGGAAUCAUUUUAAACAGCAUGAUCAACCAUGUCAGGCAGUAUGCCUGGUUAAAUAGGGUUGAGCCUGCUGAGAAGUGAUCUUUAAAUGCAGAUGAUAAUCUGGAUGAUAUUGAUAAUUGUGGCUUUAAUGCUACAGGAUUUAUUAUUUGUAAAAAUAAUUGUCUCCUUUAAAUCAGAAUUAUAAUAAUAAAUAAAAGACACGUCAUGUUA